AUAAAACUAACAAACAUUAAACAUUUUAAAACCAUGAAUUUUAACAACAAAUUUACUAUUUUUGUCAUUGUCGUCUUAUGCUUGUUGGGUCAACAGGCUGCCAAGGCUCAUAUCACUUUUGGUGAUUUGAAAAAGGAUGUGGAAAAAGAUACCCAUAAAGUUGGUGCUAAAUUGGAUAAUGUUGGCGAUAAAGUGGUAGAUGAGGUUCAUAAUGCUGGUAACAAAGUGGUGAAUAUUGGCGAUAAAGCGGAAGGUGUUGUUCAAAAAACUGGUGACAAGAUUGUCAAUAUUGGCGACGAAGUGGAAAGCAAAACUCAUGAAAUCGGAACUAAAGUGGAAAAUGUCGGCAAUAAAGUGGUAAAAACGGCCAAGAAAGCUGUUAAGAUCUACACAAUCGGUAAAACUGUUCAAACAGCUGGCAAGGUUAUAGGAGCCGUCGGUACUGUUGUUGGUGUAAUUCGAAAUAUUUAAGGAUUUUCUUCUUUUAA